AUGGUACCAUCAUGUUUCGAGGUGAUCCUUGUCGGUUUCAUCCUUAUUUUACCAUUCUUAUACGAAAUGAGCAGGACCUUUCGUUAUUAUUUCAAGAUUUCGUUCUACUGUGGAUAUAUGAUGAUAAAUUCAUUUUUAUUGCUCCCAAUUCUGAUGUUACGACCAAGGAACGUAAAAAACUAUCUAUUAGGAUCACUUAUGUGUUCUUGGCUUACUAAAUUCUUAGGAGUACAUUGGGAAUUAAGGGGGAAAGAACAUUUAGAACAAGAAAGAGCAUGUAUAAUAGUAGCAAAUCAUCAAAGUUCUUUAGAUGUAUUGGGAAUGUUCAAUAUAUGGCCAAUAAUGGGAAAGUGUACAGCUGUAGGAAAAAAAGAAAUUUUAUAUGCAUGGCCAUUUGGUUUAGCCGCUUGGUUUUGUGGAAUGAUAUUUAUAGAUAGAAUGAAUUCAGAAAAAGCUCAUUCAGUUAUUAAUAAUGCUACAAAUUAUAUUAAAGAAAAAAAGAUAAAAUUAUGGAUAUUUCCUGAAGGAACUAGACGCAAUACUGGUAAAAUUUAUCCAUUUAAAAAAGGUGCUUUUCAUGUUGCUAUACGUUUUCAAUUACCUAUAUUACCAGUUGUAUUUUCCUCUUAUUAUUUUUUAUCUUCUGAAGAAAAAAAAUUUGAUCCUGGUCGUGUUAUUAUAACAACAUUACCACCAAUAUCUACAAAAGGAUUAAAAACAGAUGAUACUGAACAUUUAAUGGAAAUAACACGAAACAUUAUGAUGGAAGCUUUUCAUGCAACUAGUCGUGAAAUACAGUUUUCAAAUGCUUCUGCUACUUCCUAAAGUAAAGCAGUUAUUUUAUUGUAUAAAUAAAUUUUAUAUUCAUAUAAAAUCAUAUCUUGAUCAUAAUUAAGUCUCAGCUUGUAAAUCAAAAACUAAUAUUCUCUAUUUUAUUUAUCAAUACUUUGUUAAAUUUAAAUAUUUUAAUAAUAUUAAUAUUUUAAAUUUUUUAUCUAUAAAUAUUUAUCCAUUUUGUAUAGAAAAUAUCUGCUAGAAACACUUAGUUAUUGUUAUAGCUAAUUUUAAAUCAUAAUUUCUUUUAUUUAUUUUCAUCAAAUAUUUUUUCAUAUAAAUCACAAUUCAUCUUUAUAUAAAAUUUAUUAAUUUUAUAUAUAUAUAUGAAAAUAGAAAUAUUAAUUUUUUCUUACUUAAAAAAAAUAUAAUAAAACAUUUUCUACAGAAAUGAAAAUGUUUAAGCAUGAACAAUAAAUUUCAUUUUAUAUAUCUGAAUAGUUUAACUAGAUAGACAAAUUCAAAAAGUAAAAAUCUAUAUUUCGUUCAACGAUUUACGUGUAAAUGUGUAAAUCACGUAAUAAAUGUUGCAUUUCGAAAGCGCUAAAUAGGCUAGACAAAUCUAUUUUCAUGAAAACUAACUAUAUAUUGUAAAAUUUUAUUUCAAAAACUAUUUUGUGAAUUUAUAUUUAUACAUUAUCAA